GCCGCCUCCCUUCCCGCGGUCCCGCCUGGCCGGGCGCUGGCGUGCAGGGCGAGGCCAGGGCGGGGUCUCGGGCAGUCUCCCGCUGGUCCCGAGCGGAGCUGGCCGCCGGAGUGCGUGCCCGGAGCCCGCGGAGUCGCCACUCCCCGCAGCCGCCCCGGCCGGUCCCCGACCUUGGGUGUGGGCCCCGCCGGGAUGGGGAGUCGCCGCGGCCUCGGCCAGCCACGGGCCGGCCUCUGCCUGCUCCUGGCCUUGCUGCAGCUUCUGCCCCGGACACAGGCGGCAGACCCCGUGGACGUGCUGGAGGCUCUGGGUGUGCGGGGGGGCCAGGCUGGGGUCCCUGAGGGGCCUGGCCUCUGCCCCCAGAGGGCCCCAGGGGGCGACCGGGCAUUCAAGGUGGGCAAGGCCAGCGCUCUGGGCGUCCCCACGUGGGAACUCUUUCCAGAUGAGCACUUUCCCGAGAACUUCUCUGUGCUGCUCACUCUGCGGGGCCAGCCAGCCAACCAGUCUGUCCUUCUGUCCGUUUAUGACGAGGACGGGGUCCGGCAGCUGGGCCUGGCGCUGGGGCCAGCUCUGGGCCUCCUCGGUGGCUCCUUUAGACCCCUCCCCCAGCAGGUCAACCUCCUGGAUGGCAGGUGGCACCGCGUGGCAGUCAGUGUGGACGGCGGCAUGGUGACCCUGGUGGCUGACUGUGAGCCCCAGCCCCCUGUGUUGGGCCAGGGGCCUCGAUUCAUCAGCACGGCUGGACUCACCAUGUUGGGGAGCCAGGACCUCGGAGAGGAGACUUUUGAGGGAGAUAUCCAGGAGCUGCUGAUAAGCACGGAUCCCCAGGCUGCCUUCCAGGCCUGUGAGCGCUACCUUCCGGGCUGUGACCACCUGGACCCGACAGCCUCAGGGGUCCCCCAGGGUGAGCCGGAAACCCCUCCCCCCAAACGGAAGAGGAAGGGAAAGGGGAAGAAAAAAGGGCGAGGUCGUAAGGGGAAGGGCAAGAAGAAGAAGAACAAAGAGACCUUGACCCUGGAUCCCUCUCUUGGUUCCCUGGAGAACCAGACCUCUACUGACACCCCCAGGACAGAGACAACAGCUCCAACUCUGCCUCCGAGUCCCACGGCCGUGGUCCUCACCACCACUGUGGCCAUUGGCCGCAAUGUCACCGUCCUGGAGGAGGGGCUGGACCCUGAAGGUGAAACUGAACUGGGGACCCUGGAGACUGAUUUAGCCAGAGAGGAUGAGGAAGGAGAUGGCCCCACCAUGGGCCCCAACUUCCGGGCAGCGGAACAGCCGUCGCAGACUGAGUUCCACAUCUUCCCUGGCGCUGGAGAGAAGGGAGCCAAAGGAGAACCUGCUGUGAUUGAGCAGGGGCAGCAGUUUGAGGGACCCCCAGGAGCCCCAGGACCUCGGGGGGUGGAUGGCCCCUCAGGCCCUCCUGGACCCCCAGGGUACCCUGGGGACCCCGGCCUACCGGGCCCUGCUGGCCUCCCGGGAAUCCCUGGCAUGGAUGGACACCGGGGCCUACCAGGAACUGUGAUCAUGAUGCCGUUCCAGUUUGCAAGCGGCUCCCUCAAAGGACCCCCAGUCUCCUUCCAGCAGGCCCAGGCUCAGGCAAUAAUGCAGCAGGCUCAGCUUUCUAUGAAAGGCCCCCCUGGCCCGAUAGGCCUCACUGGACGUCCAGGCCCUGUGGGCCUCCCUGGGUAUGCUGGUCAGAAAGGAGAGAUGGGAGAAAUGGGGCCACAGGGUCCCCGAGGCCUUCAGGGACCUGUUGGGCCCCCUGGCCGGCAGGGCAAGAUGGGCCGCUCUGGAGCAGAUGGGGCUCGAGGCCUCCCAGGGGACACGGGACCUAAGGGUGACAGGGGCUUUGAUGGCCUUCCAGGGCUGCCUGGUGAGCAGGGCCAAAGGGGUGACUUUGGCCCUAUGGGGCGGCCUGGUCCCCCCGGAGAAGAUGGUCAGAAGGGAGCAGAGGGACCUCCAGGGCCCACUGGCCAGGCUGGGGAGCCGGGCCCCCGAGGACUGAUUGGCCCUAGAGGCUCGCCUGGGUUCCUGGGCAGCCCGGGCGCGGUGGGCAUUGAUGGUGCGCCAGGUGCCAAAGGAAACGUGGGUCCUCCAGGAGAACCAGGACCCCCAGGACAGCAGGGGAAUCCCGGGUCCCAGGGACUCCCUGGCCCCCAGGGACCCAUCGGCACUCCUGGAGAGAAGGGUCCCCCGGGACACCCAGGAAUUCCAGGCCUCACGGGAUCGGAUGGCCCUCCGGGUCACCCAGGCCACGAGGGCCCCACAGGAGAGAAGGGGACCCAGGGCCCAGCAGGGUCUGCAGGCCCUCGGGGAUACCCUGGACCUCGGGGUGUGAAGGGUACCUCUGGCAACCGGGGCCUCCAGGGGGAGAAAGGUGUGAAGGGAGAGGACGGCUUCCCAGGCUUCAAGGGUGACGUGGGGCUUAAAGGAGACCGGGGCCACCCGGGACCCCCAGGUCCCCGGGGAGAGGAUGGCCCUGAGGGGCUGAAAGGGCAGGAGGGGCUGCCUGGUGAGGAGGGGCCCCCAGGCUCAGCUGGGGAGAAGGGCAAACUUGGGGUGCCAGGUCUCCCAGGUUACCCAGGACGUCCAGGCCCUAAGGGAUCCACUGGCCUGCCUGGCCCCCUGGGACCAAUAGGAGAGAAAGGGAGGCGGGGGAAGGCCGGGCAGCCAGGACUGGAGGGAGAGCGGGGACUGCCUGGAUCCCGUGGAGAGAGGGGGCAACCGGGUCCCACAGGGCCACCAGGCACCAAGGGCGAUGUGGGCCAGGACGGGGCUCCUGGGAUCCCUGGUGAAAAGGGCCUCCCAGGCCUACAAGGGCCCCCUGGAUUCUCUGGGCCAAAGGGUCCCCCUGGCCCCCAGGGGAAAGACGGGCGACCUGGGCACCCUGGACAGAGAGGAGAAUUGGGCUUUCAAGGUCAAACAGGCCCACCUGGUCCAGCCGGUGUUGUGGGUCCUCAGGGAAAGACAGGAGAAGCAGGCCCGCUGGGUGAGAGGGGCCCGCCCGGCCCGCCCGGCCCUCCCGGGGAACAAGGUCUCCCGGGGCUGGAAGGCAGAGAGGGGGCCAAGGGGGACCUGGGGCCGCUGGGGCCCCUUGGGAAGGAAGGACCACCUGGACCGCGGGGCUUCCCUGGCCCCCAAGGAGCCCCAGGGGACCCUGGACCUACUGGAUUGAAGGGUGACAAGGGCCCACCGGGUCCCAUCGGUGCCAAUGGCUCCCCUGGGGAGCGUGGGCCUGUGGGCCCCACAGGAGGCAUCGGGCUUCCUGGCCAAAGUGGAGGCCAAGGCCCUGUCGGCCCUGCAGGCGAGAAGGGGUCCCCGGGCGAACGGGGUCCCCCUGGCCCCACUGGCCAAGAUGGGAUCCCAGGGCCCCUGGGCCUUCCAGGUCCCCCUGGAGCUGCCGGGCCUUCGGGCGAGGAAGGCGACAAGGGGGAAGUGGGCACCCCUGGCCACAAGGGGAGCAAAGGCGAUAAGGGGGAUGCGGGCCCACCUGGACCAACAGGGAUACGGGGUCCUGUGGGACACCCAGGUCCCCCGGGAGCAGACGGAGCUCAGGGACGCCGGGGACCCCCAGGCCUCUUUGGGCAGAAAGGAGAUGAUGGCGUGAGAGGCUUCGUGGGGGCGAUUGGCCCCCCUGGCCUGCAGGGACUGCCAGGCCCUCCUGGAGAAAAGGGAGAGGUUGGAGACGUGGGGUCCAUGGGUCCCCAUGGAGCUCCAGGCCCUCGGGGUCCCCAUGGCCCGAGUGGAUCCGAGGGCUCUCCAGGGCUGCGUGGAGGAGUCGGCCAGCCCGGCGCCGUGGGUGAGAAGGGUGAGCCAGGGGAGGCUGGAGACCCAGGACUCCCCGGAGCCCCAGGCAUCCCAGGGCCCAAGGGAGAAUUUGGUGAAAAGGGGGACACAGGCCCAUCUGGGGCUGCAGGACCCCCAGGCAAGAAGGGCCCCCCUGGAGAAGAUGGAGCCAAAGGGAGUGUGGGCCCCAGAGGGCUCCCAGGAGACCCAGGACCCCCUGGAGACCCUGGAGUGUCGGGUCUAGAUGGUCCCCCAGGGGAGAAAGGAGACCCUGGUGAUGUUGGAGGACCGGGUCCGCCUGGUGCUUCUGGGGAGCCCGGUCCCCCAGGGUCCCCUGGAAAGAGGGGUCCUCCUGGCCGCCUGGGUCAAGAAGGCAGAGAAGGGGAGAAAGGGGCCAAGGGGGAGCCAGGACCUGAUGGGCCCGUAGGGAGGACAGGCCCCGUGGGGGCUCGAGGGCCCCCUGGACAUGUUGGGCCUGAGGGUCUUCGAGGAAUCCCCGGCCCUGUGGGUGAACCAGGCCUCCUGGGACCUCCUGGACAGACAGGCCCUCCUGGUCCCCUGGGGCCCUCUGGCCUCCCAGGGCUGAAGGGAGAUGCUGGCCUCAAGGGGGAAAAGGGCCACAUCGGGUUAAUCGGCCUCAUUGGCCCUCCUGGGGAGGCUGGCGAGAAAGGGGACCAGGGGCUGCCAGGCGUGCAGGGCCCUCCUGGCCCCAAGGGAGAACCGGGUCUCCCAGGUCCCAGUGGCUCUCUGGGCCCCCCCGGACCCCCAGGCGUGGCAGGCCCUCUGGGACAGAAGGGCUCCAAGGGGGGGCCGGGUUCUCUCGGCCCCCGUGGAGACACUGGCCCUCCAGGCCCCCCAGGUCCCCCGGGUCCGCCCUCGGAGCUGCACGGGCUGCGCCGGCGCCGCUCGGUCCGCAGCCCGCGGGCCCUGGAGGCCCCGGAGGGCGGCCUGGAGGAGGUCCUGGCCUCGCUCACGUCGCUGGAGCUGGAGCUGGAGCAGCUGCGGCGCCCUCCCGGCACUGCCCAGCGCCCGGGCCUUGUGUGCGGCGAGCUGCACCGCAACCACCCGCACCUGCCGGACGGGGAAUACUGGAUUGACCCCAACCAGGGCUGCGUGCGAGACGCUCUCAGGGUUUUCUGCAACUUCACGGCUGGAGGAGAGACCUGCCUGUACCCCGACAAGAAGUUCGAGACCGUGAAACUGGCCUCCUGGUCCAGGGAAACGCCGGGAAGCUGGUAUAGCACGUUCCGUCGAGGGAGGAAGUUCUCCUACGUGGACGCCGAUGGGGCCCCGGUGAGCGUGGUGCAGUUGACCUUCCUGAAGCUGCUGAGUGCCAGCGCCCGCCAGAGCUUCACCUUCUCCUGCCAGAACGCCGCCGCCUGGCUGGAUGCGGCCGCCGGGGACCACAGCCGCUCCCUUCGCUUCCUGGGGACCAACGGAGAAGAGCUGACCUUCAACCAGACGGCCCUGGCCACCGUCACUGUCCCCUACGACGGCUGCCAGCUCCGGAAGGGACAGGAGAAAACCCUCCUGGAGUUCAGCUCUUCCCGGGUGGGGUUUCUGCCCCUGUGGGACAUGGCCGCCGUCGAUUUUGGCCAGACGAACCAGAAGUUCGGGUUUGAACUGGGCCCUGUCUGCUUCAGCAGCUGAGCGUCUGGAGGGGGUGGACGGGGCCACGAGGGAGCCCCAGGUGGGGCACACUGGUGCUGAGGCUUUGAAGCCACCAUAUUUAUCGUCUCUCCGGUGCCUGUGGACUCAGAGGGAAGUCUGCUCGUCAUGGUCAAGCAAUGUCCCUGCUCCACUCUCUGGGGGCUGCGGGCUGGACUCCCCUGGCCCAGGAGUCCAGCCUCCCCCCCUUUUCCUAUUCCCUUCCUCACCCUUGCUGGAGUGAUGCAGGCUUUCUACCCUCUGUGCCCAUUCCUCCUGCAACUCCCACGCCUGAUCCCCCACGCAAUGAACUUCUAGUCCAGAGCUGAUGAGUGCCCUCCGCCCCUGUCUUUCCCUUCCCAGGCAGUACCCCAACACCCUUUGGUGCUACCCUCCCCACUAGUUAAGCACUGGACCUCUCCUGAUCCCAGUCUGGGCCCCUCCCCUCGUUCCUCUCUUCAGGUGGGUUCAGAGAGAAGGACGCUGCCUAGGCCCAGCUCUGAACACAGGCCCCCUCAUUGCCCACUAUGCCAGAUGGUUUGGGGACCAAGGUGCGGGGUAAAUCAGGAUCCUGAUGGUGCUGUCCUAUUUAUACCGGGAUCUACAUUAAAAGGGAAAACCCCCCUCUGUUAUAUAUUUAAUCUGCUUCCUCCUUACAGAAGGCUGGGAUAUGAUGAAAGAGAUUCUAGCAUGACGCCCCCAUUCCCACCCCCCACCCUUUUCCCCAGGGCACAAUUGGCAUCUCAAGUCUGAGAAUAAACCACUGAACUGUGUCCCUGUCUGUGUCCUUCAUCUGGUGCUGCCCGCAUCUUCCUUAGGGUCUGUCUAUUGUAUCACCACCCAUCUUAACUGUGUUAUUAGGUGGAGGUGGUUAGGUGGAGGUGGGCGGGGGAACCCAGCUAUAAUGGGACUCACUGGAGGUGGUGGGCCUGUUCGUUAACUCAGGAAAAGUUGAAAAUACUAGAUCUCUAAGAGAGUAGAUCUUAACUUUCCUCACCACAAAAAAAUAAAGAAUAAUUAUGUGAUGUAA